AUCAGUGUGAGGAUACUUGGAGCAGUGACUGCCAUCUGGUGGUCAGCCAGAAUCAUCACUUUCUGUAACCUGAUGGUUACUAAGAUGCCCACUCUGGACUCACAUGGUAUGCAGUGGCAGCAGGGAACCAGUUGAAAGAUGUCUGAUGUUGGAGGGUGACCAGUUGAAGGAUGUCUGAUGAAGGAGCCUCGUGAAAUAACCCUUUGCUUCUGCCUGAAUGGGUUGUUCAUUACAGAUUCUGAGCCUGGAGCCAACUCCAAAAUGGGGUCUCUGAAGAAAAAACUUGAGUUGCUCUUGUGUUUUAAUCAGAGAUCUGCAUCCCUACCAGUGAGUAACCAAGACUGUGAAUGAGCGCACAUCAAGAGGAGCAUGUGAUUGACAUGGAGCCUGAAAUAAACUGCUCUGAAUUGUGUGACAGUUUUCCUGGCCAGGAGCUGGAUCGGAGACCCCUUCAUGAUCUCUGCAAGACAACAAUUACAUCUUCCCAACACAGCAGUAGGACCACCUCUUCAUUAUCUCCUGUCCUCUUGGGUAUUGUUUGGACUUUUCUCAGCUGUGGACUUCUGCUGAUACUUUUCUUUCUUGCCUUCACAAUUCGCUGCAGGAAGAACAGGAUUGUGAAGAUGUCCAGUCCCAAUCUGAACAUUGUGACCUUACUGGGUAGUUGUCUCACUUACAGUAGUGCUUACCUCUUUGGGAUUCAAGAUGUUUCAGUGGGAAGCUCCAUGGAAACUCUCAUUCAGAUAAGACUGUCCAUGCUGUGCAUUGGGAUCUCCCUUGUGUUUGGCCCCAUUCUGGGGAAAAGCUGGAGACUCUACAAGGUGUUUACUCAGAGGGUCCCGGACAAGAGAGUGAUUAUCAAAGACCUCCAGUUGCUGGGGUUGGUGGCGAUUCUGGUGAUGGCUGAUGUGAUCCUGCUCGUAACAUGGGUGCUGACUGACCCCAUCCAGUGCCUCCAGAUCCUUGGUGUCAGCAUGACGGUGACAGAGAGAGACGUGUCCUGCUCUUUAACCAGCACCCACUUCUGUGCAUCCCGGUACUCCGAUGUCUGGAUUGCUCUUGUUUGGGGAUGCAAGGGUCUGCUCCUGCUGUAUGGUGCCUAUCUGGCUGGCCUGACUGGCCACGUCAGCUCUCCUCCUGUGAAUCAGUCCUUAACCAUCAUGGUCGGGGUCAACCUCCUGGUACUGGCUGCUGGGCUGCUUUUUGUGGUCACCAGAUACCUGCACUCCUGGCCCAACCUGGCCUUUGGACUCACGUCGGGAGGCAUCUUUGUGUGCACAACCACCAUCAACUGCUUCAUCUUUAUUCCGCAGCUGAAGCAAUGGAAGGCAUUUGAAGAGGAAAACCAAACAAUCAGACGCAUGGCCAAAUAUUUCAGCACUCCCAGCAAGAGCUUCCAGGCCCAGUGUGGGGAGGAGCAGACCUGCCAUGCGAGAGGCCAGAGGAGCUCCAUGGAGAGACUCCUCACAGAAAAAAAUGCUGUGAUUGAAAGCUUGCAGGAACAAGUAAACAAUGCCAAAGAGAAGCUCGUGAGACUGAUGUCUGCCGAGUGCACCUAUGACCUACCAGAGUGGGCUGCCCCACCUGCCUCUUUCCAGAGCACAAACGUCCAGGCUGCAGCCUCUGCCCACAGCCUGGCGGCUCAAGGGCCUUCAGAAUGCCUCUCUGACUCUCAGAAUGAUUCCAGCAUGGCUGCGCAGGUCUCCCAGCAUACCUCAGUGCCUUCAUCGCAUAUGCAAAGCCUCAAGGGGCCCAUAAAGGACACCAGCCUCUCGCCAGGACAAAAGGAAAAGAUAUCUAACUUGAAAGACUUUCCUGCUCAUCUAGACUUGGGUUGUAGCCAGAAGCCACAGACUGAGCAAGGCAGGGAUCCAGAAAGAAGAGAUCAGGUACCCAUGGUCCCCAGUCAGAGUGCCCUACUAGGGAGGGGGGACUUUGAUCCCCAGAGACAGAGGCAUCUAGAGAACUCAGAGGAGCCCCAAGAGCGGUUGUCAAGGGUCAAUUCAGUGAUCAGGGAGAAACUUCAGGAAGUCUUACAAGAUCUGGGCCUGGACCCUGAGACUUCCUUCUCCGCCUCCCCGUCGUGUCUCCAGCAACCCUGGAGGAACAGCGCCGCCCGCUGCCCCCAGAAGAUGCCCCUCUCCAAGGAACUGGGCUUCAGCCCAUACAUGGUGAGGCGAAGGCGGGCAACUCAGCGGGCUCGCUCACACUUUCCUGGCUCUGUCCCCUCCCAUGUGGGGCAUCGGGCACACAGGACUGUCUCUGGGGCACACAGUGGGCUGAAUGUACAGAGUGGAGACAGCCCCACCUUGGCCCCACAGACUACCGAUUCCAGGGCACAAAGACCCUCUUCCAAGAAACCUUCAUUACUUCUAGAUCCUAGAGGCAAGGAAGGCAGCAAACAAAGCCAGGCAGAGCCCCCGGGGGCUGGGGGGAGCGAUGCAGCCUUUCCUCACCAGCCUUCUGGUUCUGGCCUGGCUCAAAGUCUGGCUGCCCCACACCUGUCCCGAGCCUCACCAGACUUGCCUGACCAGUGGCAGCUGCGGCCCCCAGCAUCUCCACGCUGUCUCUCCCUGCCUUCUCAGCACAACUACUUUGACACUGAGUCCAGCAGCUCAGAUGAAUUCUUCUGCCGCUGCCACCGGCCCUACUGUGAAAUCUGCUUCCAAAGCUCCUCUGACUCUAGUGACAGUGGCACAUCAGACACUGACCCUGAGCAUGCGGGAGGGCUGGCUUCCUGGGAAAAGCUGUGGGCCCGCUCCAAGCCUAUCGUGAACUUCAAAGAUGACUUGAAACCCACGCUGGUGUGAGCAGCAGCAGAGCCGGUCUGGACGUGGCGGUCAGCCCAGGAGAAGCUGUAUCAAGGCCCACAGGAGGAGAGCCAGUUUCUGGUCUUCGGGGAACAGACCUGCAUUUGACUAGCACUCCCCGUGGUCUAGCUAUGUUCACUGUGUUACUUUGAGCACUUCUUGAUCUAUAAAGAGGGGGACUGCAUGUCCUGUUACUACCUCACAGCAUUACCAUAAAACACUCCAGUUGAGUAACUAUAAAAGGCACUGACUCCUUGGAUAAAAGGUGCUGAAUGAGCAAACAGCAUUUUCUGUAUAGGUCAACCUGCAUUCUACAAGACUUCAUAUGUACCGGAUGGAUGGCUGGACAGACAGACAGAUGGAGAACCUGAGUAAUAGACUGUGACCCAUCCAAUUGGCCUUUCAGUGGACAGCCCGCCAGGAAGAUAAAUCUCCCACUGCUGGAAGGUGGUGUUUUGUUUUGUUUUUUUUCUGCUGAAGGUUGUGAUCAGCACCAGCCUGGGAUUCUAGCUUCUGGCC